AUAAAUCGGGAAUCCACCCGGCCUCUGAAUCUGAAAGUAAUAUUCGCAUCCCUGGUUCUCUGUAUGAUUAAUUCAUCAUGUGGUUCAUGUACCUAUUGAGCUGGGUCGCAUUAGUUAUACAAAUAUGUGUAAUAACUUUAUCCGUGGCGGCUGGUUUGUUUUAUCUGGCAGAAAUUGUAGAAGAAUACACUGUACUCACAGCAAAGAUAAUAAAAUAUAUGUUGAUAGGCACGACUGUGAUAUUUCUUGGCCUUCUCUUGUUUGAGGAUCUACCCCUGUACAUGACUGUGUUAGGUUUAGUGGGUAACAUUGCCUACUUCUUUGUUCUACAAACUUUCCCAUACUUUGAACUCAUGUCUCCAUCAUUUCUGUUCUCCAUAGCCUUGGUGGUCGUCAAUCAUUAUUUUGCAUUUUCAUACUUCUCCACAGUGUGGCAUCCAUUCUCAGAUGUUCUGGCGUACUUUACUAUUUGCCUGUGGCUUGUUCCAUUUGCCUUCUUUAUUUCCCUCUCAGCCAAUGAGAAUGUGUUACCAAUGACGACAGGGACGAGAGUGAGUACGUCAGAAGAGAGCGACGUUGUCAGUAAUUACUUCAAGAGGAAGGGGAAAAAAUAUGGACUUCUGUCAUUCUUUAAAUACGCACAGGAAGGAAUUCUACCACAGCGGACUAGGAAGCAAUAUUAAAUGUGACACAUCCACGACGGAAUGUUCAGAACCUUUUUUGUGUUAUAUCAGACAACAGUUGUGUUUAACACAAUGAAUGGAAAAGCUUAAGCUUGCUUUGGGAGCAUGCAUCUACAACACAUGCAA